UCGUGCCGUGUACCAACAUGAUCAACGCACCGACCUCUAUUAUAAUGUGCACGUUGCGGUGGUCCACUCUGCUCUUACUGCCGAUGAUGCUAGUGCAUCUGUCCACCGGCGGUCCCGUAUCCGUCAUGUACGAGCGGGUGGAACAGCUCGAAGGGUUCAACUUUAUGGAUAGCCGAAAAAUGCUCAUCCGAAAGUACAACCGGACGGUCACCAUACUGAACGGCACGUUGGAUUUGUAUCACGAUAUUGAUGACGAUUAUUCCUUUACCGUCGAGCUAGCAUACAGUACGCUGGGCAACAAUCAGUUCAUUCGAUCGCCGUUUCGCAUCCCGCUGCAAAAGAUGUGCCAGUUUCUCAACACUACGUACCGGGACUAUCGGGAGUUUUACCGCAACAUGACCAACUUUCCCGAUGCGGGCACGUGCCCGGCGGAGAAGAAGCAGUACUACAUCAAAAAUAAGGUGCUGGAUGCGAAGAUAUUCAACGACUACUUCCAGGCGGGCCUGUGGAAACUCACGAUCCUGCUGUACGAGAAGGGCAAUUUGCAGGUGUCCGUAGUGGCUGUGGAGAUGCUUUUUCGCGUUUCUCGCGAAGGACUGUUUAACCGUUAGUUUACAAAGAAGAUAGAAUAUAGAUACACACAUAUGGAGUUAUUUUUCCAAGCAGUUUUAGAUUGUAAGCGUAUGUUCUUUGAUCACUUUUUUUAAUUAGGUAUUUAAAAGAGGGACGUGUAAUUUUCCGGUCGUUGAUGUAUAGUAACACUGGCCUGUGAUACUAGACCAGGAUUACGGGUGGAGGUGUAAGGUACAACCGCAGAAUCCGAUAUCAGUCUAUAGAUAAGGUAAAAAGGCCUUUCUAUAACGCGAUAAACUGCUUCCGCAAAGAGUGUGAUUUGCGAGAAGAAUAGAAAUGAGAGCGACAAACCAGAGAGUGUGAGAGAUAGAAAGAGGGAGAGUGGAGGAAAGGGCAGUAGCACAAAGAAGGUCGAACGAUACGGAAGCAAAUAAAACUAUUAUUUAAGCGAUCUUAUUAAAAGCGCAUGUAAACAAGGUUUAGCCAAAGGAUUUACUACCAACUAAUAAAUUGUGGUUUACCUUACUAGGAAUAUCAGUUCUCUGUAUGAGUGGGAUAAGGAUCUAGUGAAGCUAGAUGGCACUCUUAUACUUGUCUACUUUUAUCUACUUUUUGCUACAUACUUUCGGGUAAAAUAAUGAUCAAUUUUAGUGAAAGUAUGUGAUCAAUAAUAGUUCUUUGAUUGCAGUUAUUUGACAUGCAUAGAGCUACAGCAACAAAGAUGAAAGAUUCCUCUAGUUGACAAUGUGUGAUGUAAAAUAGUGUUGUUGAAUAAACUAAAAAAUGUAUACGCUAAUUCACCAUCCAAGCAUGUACGAAUGAAUGUAACGAGUAAAAUGCUGAUAAAAAAGCGCAAAACCUCGACUUUAAAGCUCUUCAGGUAAAUUAAUCCAGAUUGUUCCACUUUAUCCUAACCACAAUGCAGACGACCGUUCCACGUUACAAUAUCCUGGAGCACGUUAUGGAAUAUCCUUGAGCUGAAAUCAUUCAAAUACUUUUGAUUCUCUAUUU